CUGUACACGUGGGGCAAUGAGAGUAAUCAUUUCCCCUUCUCGAACCAACCGCGGUGCCUGGCUGAUUAGCUCAUCAAACGCUUGCAUCAAGCCUCAAGGCUCCGAUUCUCCUACUAUGAAUAAUGAGCUUACUCUCGACUCCUCUAUAUUAUAUACGUCGAGAGCGCAUUUCAAUUUUCCAUAGCAACCAGCUUAAUCUCAGUCCUUAGGAAGAUUGGCUGGUGCAGCAAGAUUCACUCAUGUUUGCUCUGUAGUGUAGUGCAAGUCACGGGAGAGCGUGUGUGCGAGGUUUCGCUGGACAGGAAUUUAGGCUGUCAGUAAGAACUUCCGAUAUUUUCAGCAAUGUACAACUUUGAAUGAUCCUUGACUUUCAUACAUCUACUGUAUUUAUAAGCACAUGAUCGGUCAGACCUAAACCGGUGCGUCAGAUAUCCGAGUCCCGAGUGCUGACAUAGCUGAGAAACAUUCGCUCCGCCAAUCAAGCCUCCAGACAAUCCGAAACGACGGUCAGAAUACGAGCCCCGACCUCUCGGAAUCCGAAUAGUACCAGAUGGUUUCCCUCGCGAAAGACAUAAUCUGAGGUGUAGUGUUUCCGAAUGAACGGAACACUGAAAGAAAUACUUGCGAGACAAAGCCACAUCCGAAAACAGACUGAUUACGAACACGACAAAAUGAGGGACGAUAAGGCACAGACAUUGCCCUCAUGACGGCCAGAUAAAGAAACACGCUUUCUACUUCCCUUCAUUAUUCAAUUCACUAUUACUUCAUCCCCAUCCAGGCUAUUCCACGCUGUCUACCAAAAUGGCACCCAUCGCGCUGCUGCUUGGCGCAGGUCCCAACAUUGGAGCCAGUACCGCGAAAGAAUUCUCAUCAAGUGGCUACCAGGUCGUUGUAACCUCUCGGAAAGCCCCCGCUGACGCGAAUCCCUCGUACUCCUAUGUGCAGGGAGAUCUGUCCCAACCUGAGUCCGUCGAGAAUAUAUUCUCUCAUGUCCGCAAACUGCACGGAGAGCCAAGCGUAGUAGUAUACAAUGCUGCCGGGUUCUCCCUUGCGGCAGCCGAUAACCCUUUCGAGGUCGAUCUGGCCACUUUUGAAGAACACCUGAAUCUCAACACAACUAGCGUGUUUCUUGCCAUCAAACAAGCGUUGAAAUCUUUUGAAACAUUGCCCGCCUCCUCCGCUCGCACCUUCAUCUACACCGGCAAUGCGAUGAAUUUUGCGCCGUUCCCCGGCCGCAUGACGCUGGGCACUGGGAAGAGUGCCACUGCACACAUGAUCGCCUCUGCAGCUCAGGCUUAUGGGCCAAAAGGUUACAAGUUUUACUACGCAGACGAGAGGCAACCCAAUGGCAAACUCGGUGGCCGUGGCAUUAGUGGCGAAGCGCACGCGAAGUUGUUUAAGCAACUCGCCGAAGAUGAAGCACAAGGCCCAUGGCUUCAGACAUUUGUCAGUGGCAAGGGCUACGUGAAGUUCGCGGCGGACACCGACGUUACACUCUGA